AACAAAGCAACGUCUGUUUGUUGUAAUAACAAACAAACGUAUAAAAUACAUGCGAAGGUGUGCACGAAAACAUUUCGUUCUCGUUCAGUCUUAUUACGAGCAACCACUGUAACCCCAAAAAACACAGAUGUUCUUGCGCGACUGAUGUUCCGAAUGACAACAUUACGUCAUCAAAAAUGGACAGCUGAGUUCCUCACAUGUCGUGUUUCGAGCAAAUGGAUUCUUCGUUUGGUAGUAACUAGAAAGCUUCUGUUGACUGAAAUCACAUGUUAUAGAUGUCUCUAUGUGUUACCGUUCACUUAAGACUGUUAACAUUAAGUUGCGACAUUUUCCAGAAAACUUACAGCGAGUUUACGGAACAGUGAGACGUUAUUUGCCUACAAGAUGCGAACUUACACCAAUAUUAGCUAACGUCGCUAGCAACUGCUGCCCUCCUGCCGACGUUUAAAGUUAAGAUACCACUAACGUUGACGUUAAGUUCCAUUGUUGGCGCUCUAGAUAUUCUCUAGCGACUCGUUUUUAUGUAACGUUAACAGAUCAUUGUUGGACGGCUUCAUUAGACACCAUGUGUCAGGUUGAUGAGGAAUACAAUGCUUUACUGGAGAGUAGAUCCCUGCCAGGGGUCUCAAGGAAGUGUAUGAAGUGUAAAGAAGGCACGGCAGUGUUGAUUAUUAGAGCCGGAGAUGCAUUUUGCAGGGGUUGUUUUAAGGAGUACUUCAUACACAAGUUUCGUGCCAUGCUGGGUAAAAACCGUGUAAUCUUUCCUGGCGAAAGGGUUCUCCUGGCUGUGUCCGGUGGAUUGGCAUCAAGUUCCAUGUUAGCCCAAGUCCAAGAGGGUUUAAGUCGAGAUGCUCACAAGAAAUUGCGAUUUGUACCUGGACUUAUCUACGUGGAUGAGGGGGGUGCCAGCGGGCAGAGUCUGGACGAGCGUCAACGGGCAGUCACGCAGCUGGAGCACCUCUUUCAGACCACCGGCUUCCCUUACCACAUCGUCGCCUUGGAGGAGGUCUUCACACUUCCCACCUCAGUCCUGGAAGCUGUGUCGGCCAUUUCAGAAAGCUCCGCGUCCAGCUACAAGACUGCAGUGGACCAGUUCAUCCAGAAUGGAGGAGACUCUGUUGGACUCAGAACCCAGGAACCAGACUCCUCACUGGCAGAUGCUGUGGCUCAACUGCGAACACACGAUGGUCAGCCAUCAUCAUGUAUUCCCCCUGCUGACCAAAGUCAGGCCCUAGAGAGACUCUUUGCCUCUGUGAAGACACUGACCGCCAAGGAGGACCUCUUACAGACUCUCCGACAUCACCUGAUCCUGCACACGGCCCGGCAGAGGGGCUACUCCAAGGUGAUGCUGGGGGAGAGCUGCACCCGGCUGGCCAUCAAACUGCUCAGCAGCAUCUCGCUGGGCCGGGGCGCCGCACUGGCCAUGGACACGGGCUUUGCAGAUUCGCGCUUUGGUGAUGUGGUCAUCGUGCGGCCGAUGAGGGACUACUCCUCUAAAGAGAUCGCCUUCUACAACAGGCUCUUCUCUGUCCCCUCCACUUUCACUCCCGGACUGGACACCAAGACGUCCGAUAAAGCCAGCAUCCAGAGACUGACUGAGAGCUUUGUCACCAAACUCCAGGCCGAUUUCCCCUCCACGGUCAGCACCAUCUACAGGACGAGUGAGAAACUCCAGACCGCUCGUUCUGGCCAGACGAGCGACGCCGAUCCAGCCAGCAAGUGCCUUCUGUGUCUCUGUGCCCUUGACACCGCCGUCGAGGAGGCCUCUGCCUUCAGCGCCACGCUCCUGUCUGAGAGGCUCUCCCAGGGGAUAAAGGCAGCAGGCUCCAGCCCCCCUGCUCCUGCUCCUGCCCCUGCCCCAGUGCUGGGCUCAGACUCGGGGUCCGCAGGCCAGAGCUGCUCCUCCUCAGCCGGAGGCUCCGGGGACGGAUGCUGUGGAGGAGGAGGAAGAGGAGGAGGCUGCUGCUGUUCUAGCUCCAGUGUGAGGCUGCCUGUGAACAGUGAUCUGAAGAGUCUCUUGUGUUACAGCUGUAGGCUGACCAUCAAAGACAUGACCUCAGUAGACACACUGCCCUCAUAUAUAGGGAGUGAAGCAGAGAGGCGAAAGAGGAGACUGGAGAUGAGGAAGGAGAUCAGUGAGUUUCUGCUGGAUGAAGAUGAAGAUGGAGACGACGAGCAGCUGUGCUGAAGAUGACUCAGCCAAGAAUAUCACAUCACCAAAAUACUCUGCUGCGUUCAGACUGUUUUUUAAAUAAUCACCAGAAUCACUUUUAUGUACCUUUACAUUUGCCAGUUUUAAAAACAGAGGCUGUCAGUCUGGCAGCAUAUCCAAAACAUUAUUUAUUGCUUAAUUAUGCUUUCAGUGGUGUACAUUUUUAAAUGAACGAUGAGCAUAAAAACAAUGUUACUGCUGCUCCUAUGUGCCUGGAUCGUGAUGAAUGAAAUAAAACUCAAGACAUUUA